AUGGAAAUAUCGAACCACGUUGCGAAAUUGCUAGUUGAGCUUUCGAAAUCGCAGGACGAAGAAAUAGGCGACGGUACAACUGGUGUUGUCGUAUUAGCCGGAGCUCUAUUGGAACAGGCCGCGGAUUUGAUUGAUAAGGGGAUUCACCCGAUCAGAAUUGCGGACGGCUAUGACCAGGCCUGUGAUAUUGCGGUAGCACAUCUCGAUAGUAUCAGUGACAAAGUCGAGUUCUCACGAAAUGAGCAAGAGAACCUGUUCAAGGUAGCAAAGACUUCCUUGGGCAGCAAGAUUGUAUCAAAAGCGCAUGACCAAUUUGCAAAGAUAGCAGUUGAUGCUGUCCUCUCUGUCGCUGACUUAGAAAGAAAGGAUGUUGACUUUGAAUUAAUUAAAGUUGAUGGAAAAGUUGGCGGCUCCCUGGAGGACUCCCUUCUUGUCAAGGGUGUCAUCGUGGACAAAGAUUUUUCUCACCCUCAGAUGCCUGAUGAAGUGAAGGACGCAAAAAUCGCUAUCUUAACGUGCGCAUUUGAGCCACCGAAGCCAAAGACCAAGCACAAGCUUGAUAUUACCAGUGUGGAGGAGUUCAAGAAGCUCCAGGCUUAUGAGAAAGAUAAAUUUACUGAGAUGAUAAAGCAGCUCAAGGAUAUUGGUGCUAACCUUGUCAUCUGCCAGUGGGGCUUUGACGACGAGGCUAACCAUCUUCUCUUGCAAAACGAUCUGCCCGCAGUCCGAUGGGUUGGUGGCCCAGAGAUCGAACUCAUUGCCAUUGCCACUAAUGGCCGGAUUGUUCCUCGAUUUGAAGACCUGAGUGCUGAGAAACUUGGAACUGCUGGUGUUGUGAGAGAGAUGACUUUUGGAACUACAAGGGAGAAGAUGCUGGUGAUCGAGGAUUGCGCAAACACCAGAGCUGUCACUGUGUUUGUCCGAGGUAGCAACAAAAUGAUCAUUGAUGAGGCUAAACGUUCACUGCACGAUGCACUUUGUGUUGUGCGAAACUUGGUUCGGGAUAACCGUAUUGUCUAUGGUGGAGGUGCUGCAGAAAUUGCCUGCUCCCUCGCUGUAGAGGAAGCUGCCUCAAAGGUCUAUGCAUUGGAUGCUAUUCCAUUAGCACUAGCUGAAAAUUCAGGAUGGAGUCCAAUUGAAACCCUAGCCUCUAUCAAAUCGAAACAAGUUAAGGAGAAAAACAGCAGGCUAGGCGUGGAUUGCAUGCAGACUGGAAGCAAUGACAUGAGAGACCACUUUGUCAUUGACCCUCUAAUCGGCAAACGUGAACAGUUACUCCUUGCUACUCAGCUCUGCCGUCUCGUUCUCAAGGUGAACAACGUCAUUAUUGCUGGUGAAGACAACGAUGAGUUCUAA